UUUUACUCUGUUUCUUUGUCCCACUGUCACUCUCCCCACUCCCUUUUUUGGUCCCUUUUCACUCAAAUUACGUUGCUAUGUUCUUCUCUUCUUCAAAGUAUGAAACUCUGAAAUAAAUUUCAGUUCUUUGAUAUUACAACUUAGUUCUUGGCGUUGGAUUAAAUCCAAAGCAAAUCCAGCUAGGUAUUCCUCCUUGAAGCAAAAAGGGAAUAUGGGUUGUGGGUUCGUUGGGUUUCAUAAGAGGGAGAGAAAUCAAUUUGAAGCAAAGAGGAAGUUGGGUUCGUGAGACGAAGGAGAUUGGCAAGACGACAAGAUUUGGUGAUGGGUUUGCGGGAUGAUGGAGAUCAGCGAGACGGCAGGAUUUGGCGAUGCAUGCUUGCAGAUCGCAAACGAUGCAGAUAUUAGAGAGCCGGGAUUAGCAAUCCCAUCCUUUUUGGGGGUCCUAGCUAAGACGAGGUAGCGAAGCCUUUAGUCGGAACGAGUCCGACUUAAUCCCAUUAAAGAUAGUCCCGGAUCAAACCAAACACGGACUAGUAAGCUAAUAUAGUCUAGUGAAACCUAACGAGCCCAAACAAACAUACCCGAAGGGUUUUGUGAAAACGCGAUAAACUUCAAAAGGCUGUAUGUGUAAUUAACCCCUAGAGAUAAAAGUUCAAUUCCGAUCCAACCGUCAGAAAAUCAUUCUCUACUUUUCAUGAAACGCAGCGUCUUAUCUGGGUAGCGGGACUUUCACUUCUUCAUAUGCAUUUCUCAGAGUCGCGCGCAGCAGCAGGAGGGCUCGGAUAGUCCAAUGCAAAAUCUUUCUCGCAAAUUCUCAACAGUCCCAAUUCACAAGCUUCUACCUUCCCAGCUUCACCAGCACAGACCACAUCCGGCCGAAAUCUUCUCGGAGUUUCAGCAGAGGCGGAAGCUCUUGGAGCACAAACUCGUCGCCGUUCUAGAUGGAUGCGCCGGCCUCCGCCAAGUCAAAGCGGUUCACGGUCACCUCCUCCUCCACGGCCUCGGCCAAUGCUGCUACGUUCUCACCAAGCUCAUCCGCACGCUCACGAAGCUCGACGUCCCCAUGGACGCGUAUCCGCUCCUAGUCUUCCGACAGAUCAAGUACCCAAACCCGUUUCUCUGGACGGCUAUGAUCCGCGGGUACAGUAUCCAAGGACCUGUUUCGGAAUCGCUGAAUUUUUAUACUUGUAUGAGGAAAUCGGGUGUUGGGCCGGUGUCGUUUACGUUCUCGGCGCUUUUUAAGGCCUGUGGGGAUGUGCUUGAUGUGAAUUUGGGGCGUCAGAUUCAUGCCCACACGAUUUUAGUUGGUGGGUUCGUGGCGGAUUUGUAUGUGGGGAACACUAUGAUCGAUAUGUAUGUGAAAUGUGGGUUUUUGGAGUGUGGGCGCAAGGUGUUUGAUGAAAUGCCUGAGAGGGAUGUUGUUUCUUGGACUGAGUUGAUUGUUGCUUAUACCAAGGUUGGGGAUAUGGAAUCAGCUCGGGAGUUGUUUGAGGGGUUGCCUGCAAAAGAUAUGGUGGCGUGGACUGCAAUGGUUAACGGUUAUGCUCAGAAUGCCCAUCCGAGAGAGGCGUUGGAUUGCUUUGAGAGAAUGCAGUGUGCUGGUGUAGGAACUGAUGAGAUUACAUUGGCUGGUCUCAUUUCGGCUUGUGCACAAUUAGGUGCGUCUAAAUAUGCUAAUUGGGUUCGGGACAUUGCUGAGAAAUCCGGUUUUGGGCCUACUGAAAAUGUUCUUGUGGGUUCUGCAUUGAUAGAUAUGUACUCCAAGUGUGGAAGCUUGGAUAAUGCAUUCAAGGUUUUUCAGGGAAUGAAGGAAAGAAACGUAUUUUCUUAUAGCUCAAUGAUUUUGGGGUUUGCAAUGCACGGUCGUGCAAGUGCAGCAAUAGAAUUAUUUCAUGAGAUGUUGACGACCGAGAUAAGACCUAACAAGGUUACUUUUAUAGGGGUGCUGACAGCUUGCAGCCAUGCUGGUAUGGUUGAUCAAGGUCGGCAGUUAUUUGCAACCAUGGAGAAGUACUAUGAUGUUGUUCCAACAGCUGAUCAUUACACUUGCAUGGUAGACCUACUUGGUCGAGCUGGGCGCUUGGAAGAAGCUCUUGACCUUGUUGAAACAAUGCCAAUAGAUGCCCAUGGAGGCGUGUGGGGAGCUCUACUAGGGGCAUGUCGUACCCAUGGGAAUCCCGACAUUGCUCAGAUUGCUGCUAACCAUCUUUUUGAGCUUGAACCUGAUAGCAUUGGAAACUAUGUAGUGCUCUCGAACAUUUAUGCAUCAGCAGGAAGGUGGGAUGAGGUUUCAAGAGUGAGGAAGUUGAUGAGGGAAAAGGGUCUGAAAAAGAAACCUGCAUAUAGUUGGGUUGAAACAAAGAAAGGUGUAAUUCACGAGUUCUGUGCAGGUGAAACAACCCAUCCAGAGUACACCGAGAUUAAGAAGACGUUGGAGGACCUUCUGGACAGAUUACUGGCUAAUGGCUACCAGCCUAACCUGGAUUCCGCGGCUUAUGCUGUGGGAGAUGAUGAAAAGACGCGUAUAUUAAUGUCUCAUAGUGAAAAGCUAGCUUUAGCGUAUGCAUUGCUCAGUACAGAUUCUGUUUCCACCAUUAAGAUUAUGAAGAACAUUAGGAUUUGUGAAGACUGUCAUUCGUUUAUGUGUGGUGCAUCCCAAGUUACGGGGAGGGAGAUUGUCGUGAGAGAUAACAUGAGAUUCCACCACUUCCACAACGGGACAUGCUCUUGCGGAAACUUUUGGUGAUUGAACCUGCAGAUGAAGAUUGUUGGAAGAAGAUUACAGAGCAAUGAUUGAUAAGGCGGAAGGCCGGUUUCAAGCAAUAUGAGCAUUUAUGGAACACAAUGGGAAAUUACUCUUGCUCCUUGGGCAAACGUGACAGCCAAUGCAGUCGAAGUUCAACCAUCAUUUGGAUUUUGGAACAAAGAUUUUGCUGGUCUGCUGCCGUGGUAUUGGAGGCUUUCACGACGUAACAGAGUUUUGAGAGAUUUAUUAGAAGUACAUGAAGCCUCGAAGACUUGCAGCUAUGACAAUUCAGAACCGUCGCUGGAGCCCUCGGCAUUUCAUUUCAUAUACGAAGAAUAUUUGAGUAUCUCCACUCUUUUAUUUUAUGUUAAAAUUUUGUAUCAAUUCAGCCUUUCGGAAUAAGAGAAUUUGUAUGUACAAUUUUGAAACAUCAGCUGAUCAAUCGUAGCACUGGAAAUUAUAUA